ACAAUGCCUUGAGCAUCUUAGUCAGUUCUUAUGUCAUCCAUUGGUUUGCCCCAAUCACAACCUCUCCAAUAAACCUGGAUGUGCGUUCGCGAUAGUCUCCCCCACGCACGCCCACGAAGCCAGAGGAGACGUCUGAAGAAUUGUGCGCACGCCCCCAUUCAACCGCCAGCAAUAUGCCCGAGUGAGCGGCUGGUUCGAUAAGAGACUUUUGCAAUCCCGAGCCUGGCAGUUUGUGUCACCCCGUCUCCAUAGAGCAAGAUGCGCCGUUGCGGGUCGUCUGCUGUGUUGGAAAGCUCUGGCUUAUUGGCUUCUCCCUCUUCGCUUUCCGCUCCCAUUCUUCCUGCUACGGUUUCUGCCGUCGCUGCUGUCGCUGCUGCUGCUGCUGCGACUGUUGAUCCGGCUAGGACAAGGACCGGGUCCCUGGCGCUGUCUCCAUUUAAAAGUGGCAGGGCCUCCAAUAUUCCCCAGACUACUCCCGCCUUUCCUGCCCACACUUCCCGCAGCGUGCGCCCACGUGCUCCCGUCCUGGUCGAGAUCUGUGAGCAAAGGACAUGAUAGCGUCAUCUCCCACGUCGGCAGCGCUUCUGCGCUCUGAUUCCACCCGUUCUCCCGUCAAUGCCUUUCCCGGCCGCCCGCAUUACUACAAUCCAACCGCCACCGCCAGCAGGAAUAAUAAUAAUAAUAAUAAUAAUAAUAAUCAUAGUAAUGACCAAACAACCGCGGCUUCCCCUUUAAUAGCCCAUUCCAACCCGCCUCAUUCUCCCAGAGCCUCACGGCCCGGGCGACGCUCGUCUGAUUCUCACAGCAGUUCGGGCGUCGAGGAAAUACGAUCAGCUUUUCGAAGGCAGACUGUAGAUGCGGGAACUCAAUAUUCUCGCCCGGCUACCCCAGCAAAAAACAAGCUGAUACAGUCUGCCUCCGCGACUACUAGUGAGACGAUAAUUCCAGAUCCCACCAAUGCCACCUCUGAACUUGCUGCUUCGCAGCAAAGCCAGGAAAGCCGACAGUCACAGGCCGAUUCGCAAAUGUCAUCGACUCUCGUAGGAUCGAAACGCAACACUCCUGAUACUUCCAGUCUUUUGCCCACGGAUGGCGACAACCCACUAUCAAUUGACCCUGACAGCCCAGCCGAAUCUCUGUGUAAACGACUACGGCCCGAAAAACCCGCUGCGAAAGUCCUUCCACGCCGUUAUGAAGAAACGAAUCCCCGUGAUCUCGUCUUCCUGAUCUCCAGCAUGUUAAUGGAACUUAUCCGUUUUAACGACCAAAUACCCCUUCGCGAUGGUCGCCUCACACGGUUCCAUUCGCGCAGUCCUCCCCGAAUCUCGGUUCACGACUACCUCCAACGUCUAACAACACAUGCCACCCUUUCCCCUCCUAUCCUUUUAAGUAUGGUGUAUUAUAUCGACCGACUAUGUGCUCUUUACCCUGCAUUUACAGUCUCGAGCCUCACGGUACAUCGAUUUUUGAUCAGCAGCGCUACCGUGGCCAGCAAGGGUCUCAGCGACAGCUUUUGGACAAACAAGACCUAUGCCAGAGUUGGUGGAAUCAGCGUCGCUGAACUGGCGCUAUUAGAACUGGAAUUUCUCUGGCGGGUUGAGUGGCGUAUCGUGCCUCAGCCUGAGGUCCUGGUGGAUUAUUAUCAGCGCCUCGUCGAGCGAUGUGACGAGUAUGUGAUGCAGCCGGAAGACCGUAUUGACACCCUGUCUACAUCGACGAAAGAGACUGCUACCUCAUCUACAUCGAUUGCGCGAAAUGGAGGAAAAGCCUCUACGACGAUUAAUGCGACUCCCAAAACAGAGUAGGGAUCUGAAGUACAGCUAUUUCUAGUUUACCCUAUCCCGCUUAAAACCACCACACUUCUAUUUCCCAUCCAGUUGUUUCAACCCUUGUUUGGUCCUUAUCGUUAAUCGCUAACACCUGCACCGAUGGGACGAAGAAUUCAAAAAACUAUGGCCAACAUAUCUCCUUGAACGAAUGUCGAUUUAUCUAGACUCCCGAGCGUAAUGCUGUUCUCUCUCUACGAUUGUUUGGUUGUAGAUGUGACGAAGUGCACAUAUAUCGAGUAUUUAUAUAUGUAUAUAUAUACAAUGUGUGUCUCGGUUUAACUAUUUUUUAUUUUUUAUUUUUUAUUUUUUGUUUUUGUUUUUAUUUUUAUUUUUUCCUAUUUCUAUGACUAUUUUUCGUUUUAAUUAAUUUCUUAUGUUGAUGAAUAAUUUUUCUUGUUCUUCAUCCACCCAGUCCAUGCUUUUUCUGUGUUUUACCUUGGACUUGUUAUUAGAGGAGGUGUGCCUUGCACAGAAAGCGCAUUUUCAAAACGGUGGGGAUAUGGAACAGUAUAUAGGCUUUCAUUGUUCUUCAGUAUGGCGUUAGGUUCCUGUUUGGAUUUGCAUUUUCCUUUAUGAGUUUUGGUUAAUAUUUCCCCUUUGAUUUACCUCCCUCUCCCUCCCACGACAUCGGUUGGGAGAGAUUGGUCAGUUGGUUGGAGUAACGCGAUAGAGUUGCGUGACUUUGUUUCAUGUGUAUUUAAAAAAGAGAACAAAGAAAGAUCUCAAUAAAUUAUUUCCA